UGUUUUGUUUUCUCUUUCUGCUUUAGCACCUAAGGCACCUGUGGCCAGGAACCCUGCACCGGCAGGCACCAGACCAGCAUGGAUGAGGAAGGAUCUACCUCACACUCAAAAGCAAUUUGUCUUUGAAAAGCCAUCCGAGGUGGAGCGCAGAGUUCCUGAGGCAGGUGUGAUAGACAAGCCUGGUGUGUAUGAACUCAGCAAAGCACCGACUGGCGUUUCUAGGAUUCAUUUGAUUCCUGGCUUUAUUGACUCAGAACAAGCAGACUGGAUGUUUGAACAACUCCUCCAAGACAUACCCUGGGGUCAACGAACUCACAUCAGACAGGAAGUAUCUUUUGAGGAACCAAGGCUUACCUCCUGGUAUGGGGAACUUCCUUACACAUACUCCAGGAUAACAAUGCAGCCAAACCCAAAUUGGCAUCCUCUGCUGACCAUGCUAAAGGAACGCAUUGAAGAGUUCACUGGCUACACCUUCAACUCUCUUCUCUGCAACCUCUAUCGAAAUGAGAAGGACAGUGUAGACUGGCACAGUGACGAUGAACCAUCACUGGGAAAAAAUCCCAUCAUUGCCUCGCUCAGCUUUGGUGCUACCCGGACCUUUGAGAUGAGGAAGAAACCCUCCCCGGAAGAGAAUGGAGAUUACACUUACGUGGAAAGACUAAAGAUCCCCCUUGAUCAUGGGACUCUGCUGCUGAUGGAAGGAGCUACCCAGGAGGAUUGGCAGCAUCGAGUGCCUAAGGAAUAUCAUUCUAGAGAUGCACGGAUAAACUUGACCUUUAGGAUAAUUUAUCCAGAACCUGAUGGAGUUUGGAAGUGAAGAGGCACUUUAGACAUUGCUGGAUAUAAACCCACAGCAGAUCCAGAGCCUGUGAAUUGCUACAGAUUUAAAGGAAGCCUUAAAGGAACAGAGUUCUGUGAAAUACCUGAUGGGGAAAAGAAUUGAUGUUAUGAAGAUUGACAAUCAGAAACUGCCUGUGUUAUGUGGACAGUGCUGUUUUGUUUUCAGAAAUGAUACACUAUUAGAUGAUACUAAAUAACAGGCUUUAAGUGUGAAAAAAAUGUGAUCAUUCUUAAAAGAACACAAGGCACAUGGAAGAUCUGAGAGGCACCAAUGGGAGCGGAAAGAUUCAGUGAGCAGUUAUUUUUCUUGUCUCUGCUUUUCCCCCCAAGUAGUGAUCUGUGUUCUAAGUAAUGACAAGACAGGAUUCUUCUAUGUAAAGCCAGCUGUGUGUGUGCUGUGUGUGCAGAAAGGAGAAAGCUGCACUUCAUGAUGAUCACCGAGGAUUACUCAUUUCACCAAGGGGUAGUACAUUGCUUUUCAUUUGUAGGUUGCAAAGUCUUUUCCAAUGAAGCAAUCAGUUUCAUUGUUUGUAUAACUACUUGAAUGAUACUAAUGUCUAGCAGAACAGAGGGUCAAGGCUCCCUUCUGCUACGCACUCUGUGGUCAGACUUUAUCCUAACUGUUUAUCUGUGUCUAGAAGACAGACAAGGCAAGCAAUAGAGACGCCUUAGGCACAAGCCUUAUCAGCCAGGUCAAAGCUGCUCAUUGCUUGAGUAUUAUCAGUCCUCCAUCCCUGCUGGCUUAAAUGCAUUACCUCUGUGUCAUAGGCAGGAAAAUAGACACAAAGAGAUAAAAAACGUUACUUUUGUAAUUUGCUAAUAAAUUCUUGGUUUCUUUUUUGGUUUUAACACAAUGAAGUUGUAGCAUCCGGUGAUUUUGGGUGAGACAGGAGUGUCAGCAUCUCUAAAAACUAGACUUGUACUGCCAGAUUUGAUACCCGGAAGAUCUGGUCCAGAGAUUUGGACCCCAAUUACUGAAAUCACAAUGUAAGUCAGUUGCAAAGUUAUGCUAAGUAGAGUAUAGUAGCACCAGGUGCAGUACUGACUGUGAUGCUACUGCUCCCUGGCCAGUGCAUGUUGCAUUAAAGAAUAUCACAGAAUCACAUUGGUUGGAAAAGACCUUGAAGCUACUCCAGUCCAACCAUGAACCUCACGCUGACCCUUCCCAACUCCACCAGAUCCC